GGCAGCCUAGCGCCAUGAGGCGGGCAGCACUGCGGGUUUAUGCCUUGAGCAGGGGGCUGCUUGCUCCUGGCAGAGGACUGACUCAAGGAUCCCAGGACUCCAGAAACAAGGGAACCUUCCAUAUUCUGGAAGUUCAGGAUAAACUGCGGAAGAUAGUAGGAGCAUCUACAAACUGGACAGACCACGUGAAAGCCAUGGAGGAAAGAAAAUUACUUCAGGGGGUUUUGGCUGAGUCACAGGAAGGACUGUCACCCAGGAGAAUGAAGGACAGUUACAUCGAAGUUUUCUUGCCUUUGGGCAGUGAGCCUGAAUUACGAGAGAAGUAUUUGACUUUUCAAAACACCGUGAGGUUUGGCAGGAUUCUUGAGGAUCUUGACAGCUUAGGAGUUCUUAUCUGUUACAUGCACAACAAAAUUAAUUCCGUUGAGAUGUCUCCUUUAUCAAUAGUUACAGCCCUGGUGGACAAGAUUGAUAUGUGUAAGCAAAGUUUAAGCCCAGAACAGGACAUUAAGUUCAGUGGCCACGUUAGCUGGGUUGGAAAGACGUCCAUGGAGGUGAAGAUGCAAAUGUUCCAGUUGCAGGAUAAUGAAUUUUGUCCUGUUUUGGAUGCAACAUUCGUAAUGGUGGCCCGUGAUUCUGAAAAUAAAGGGCCAGCAUUUGUAAAUCCACUCAUCCUUGAAAGCCCAGAGGAAGAAGAGCUCUUUAGACAAGGAGAAUUGAACAAGGGGAGAAGAAUUGCCUUCAUUUCCAUGUCAUUACUGAAAAUGGCUCCCAGCGCUGAGGAGAGGACCACUAUCCAUGAGCUGUUUCUUAACACGCUGAAUCCAAAGACUGUAAAUUUUCAGAGUCGAAUUUUACCCCCUAAUGCAGUGUGGAUGGAGAAUGCAAUACUGAAGAGCUUGGAAAUUUGCCACCCUCAGGAGCGGAACAUUUUCAAUCGGAUCUUUGGUGGUUUCCUUAUGAGGAAAGCGUAUGAGCUUGCUUGGGCUACUGCGUGCAGCUUCGGUAGUGGGACCCGACCAUUUGUGGUGGCGGUGGGUGACAUCAUGUUUCAGAGACCGGUUGAAAUCGGUUCAUUGCUCUUUCUUACUGCGCAGGUUUGCUUUACUCAGACCAAUUACGUUCAAGUCAGAGUGCACAGUGAGGUGGCCUCUCUUCAGAGUAAAGAGCAUACAACCACCAAUAUCUUUCAUUUCACGUUCAUGUCGGAAAAGGAAGUGCCCUUGAUUUUCCCCAGAACAUAUGGAGAGUCCAUGUUGUACUUAGAUGGGCAACGGCAUUUCAACUCCUUGAGUGUCCCGGUGACCUUGAGAAAGGACUACCUUAUGGAGCCCUAGGAAAACCUCACGUGUUGAAAACCAGACCUUCACCUGC